GCGUCCUUCUGGUUUCCAAGGAAACGCGGGAAAGGACAGAGCGCAGACAGGACAGGAUAGUGCGAGACAUAACAGCUUCUUUUGCAGAUAUUUUAAUACUUUGACAGAAACUUGAAACUUCUAAGAGAACAGAUUCGGAGACUGGAUGCUAUAAAUUCGUUCCUACUUGUUUAGUUCAACAGGUGAAUGUGUGGACCUGUAUCUUGCAGCUGGGAGACCGAUGGAGAAACACACACAAGCACUGCCACCCCAUUCUCCUUUACAUUCCCCCCAAAAUGACUCAGAAGCUCUGUCUCGAUCCCCCUCUCUUCCACAGCCUGCCGCUGUUCUGCCUGCGUCCCUCCCUUCCUCCCCAACCUCCCCAUCUUCCUAUCUUCACUUUACAUCAACCCCUUGGGCAUCUGGAGGGUCACAUUGCCUCAGUCCCUCCACAGUAUCUGACCAGGAUGACCUGACCUGCCUUAGCUGGCUGCAUCAAAGAGGGAACCUGUUGCCUUUGCAACCACUGCCCAAAAUCACCACACUGCCCCAGACAUUAGAUCCCAUUCCUGUCCAACAGCUGCCUUCCUUCCCUGCCAAACCGCCGUACUCUUUUAGCAGUCUCAUCUUCAUGGCAAUAGAAGAUUCGCUUGAGAAGAGGCUCCCUGUGAAAGGUAUUUACGAGUGGAUUGUCGACAACUUCCCCUAUUAUAGAGAGGCUCCCGGUGGAUGGAGGAACUCGGUCCGACACAACCUCUCCUUGAGCAAGAGCUUCCAACGAAUACAUCGAGACAAGAGUCAAUCCGUUGGAAAGGGCUCAUUAUGGCGAGUUUGUCCAGAAUAUCGGCCAGCUCUUCUGGAAGUUCUUAGAAAAACUCAUUAUUGUCAUCGUACCAACAGCAACUUGCUGAACAAGCCUGUUUUGUUGGAGGUGGCUGAUAAUGGGCAGAACACCUUGAGUGAGACUAUGGAAAUUUCAGAUCUAGAUUCUCUGUCUUCAAACCCGCCGUGCUCUUUGACACCAGAUCACGAGGAGCUGGUCCCCAUGGAGUCUGUAGAACUGACAGAGGUUGUCAGCGAGGAUUCAGAGAAAGAUCCACUGGCAGACAGCGGUUACAUUGAGUUACACUAUUACCAGUAUCAGCAGUAUCAGUACCUGGUUCUUCCAGGAGACGCUGAGUUGGACCUGGAGACGGUUGAGAUACUGCAGCUUGAUGCAGAGGCUCAGGAGGCUGCAGGGUCACUGCUUGACCUCGCGGGAGGCAACCACUGAAAGCUUACCUGUGUGCUGUGUACAAGCAAGGAGGGUUAAUGGGGAGACGGGGCUCUAGGCUUGAUGUACUAUUGGCACUUUAUAACUGCCUGAACUUUUACUUACUGUUAUGAAAGGUGCAACAUAAGCAAUUUCAAAUAAUUUAGUGAUUUGAAAAAAGAUUUGUAGGGACUGACAACAGCACUGUGAGGGUAUCCUUGGUAUUAGUGUGUAAUAGGUAAUAAAGCAUCUGAAAAAUGCUUUCAUGAAGAACAAAAUAUUUAUUGUUUACUGUCAUGGUUGAAAGGCAAUAUUUCAUGCACUUCCAUGCCAUUUUAAGUCCCUUCCAUUAAGGUUAUUGUAAAGGUUUGUUGUGUUCUACAUUCAAAUUAGAGGGAUAAAGUUCUGAUGUGAUUUUUGAAGAAAAUACGUUUUUUUACAGUAUGAAAUUGUUCAAAAUUAUGAACACGUUCAAGUAUUAUUGAGAUAAACUGCCAGCUGUUAGAUUGGGUAGAUGGAAAGAUUAAUAUCUAACCCUUAUUUCUUGAUUGUUGAUUAUUGUCAUGCUACAGUAUUCUGUAGUGAUUCGUUUUCUGUGUAGUAUGAUGCAUGUCAUAUUUUGCUUUAUUCACGUGUUUAUUUUAGUAUGUUUAACAGGUUGACACUAAAUGACACACUGACCCCAUCCUCUUCAUAUGUAACUCAUGUAGCAAUAAAGUACUAAAAUGUUAUGUUGAAA